AUGUAUAGGUUUAGCAAUACAGUAAUUGGUUUCUUAAAUCUUUUCACUCUCUUAGCAUCUAUACCAAUAAUUGGUGGAGGUUUAUGGAUGGCAAGGAGUAGCACAAGCUGUGAAAGUUUCCUUCAAACCCCACUUCUUGUUGUAGGCUUCGUUGUGCUUAUAAUUUCACUAGCUGGCUUCAUUGGUGCAUGUUUUCAUGUAGCAUGGGCACUUUGGGUCUACUUGGUAGUCAUGUUAUUCCUUAUUGCAACCUUAAUGGGUUUGACUAUAUUUGGCUUCGUUGUCACCAGCCAAGGUGGUGGUGUGGAAGUGCCUGGUAGGGCUUAUAAGGAGUACAGGCUCCAAGACUAUUCUCCAUGGUUAAGGAAUAGAGUUAAAGAUCCUGAUUAUUGGAGAACAAUUAGGAGUUGCAUAUUGGGUUCCAAGGCUUGUGAAAAACUUGUCUCUUGGACUCCUCUUGAUUAUCUAGAGAAAGACAUGUCUCCCAUACAGUCUGGAUGUUGUAAGCCACCAACUUCAUGUAACUACAACUCGGCAACUGUGGUGCCCCAAGACCAGGAUUGCUAUAGGUGGAAUAAUGCCCCAACUUUACUGUGCUACGAGUGUGAUUCAUGUAAAGCUGGAGUUCUUGAAGAUGUUAGAAGGGAUUGGCACAAGCUUUCAGUUCUUAAUAUUGUGGUGCUUGUAUUUCUGAUUGGAAUUUAUUCCAUUGGAUGUUGUGCUUUCCGAAAUACAAGAAGGGCUGAAACUGAUUACCCCUAUGGCGAAAACCGGAUGACCAAAGUCCGACCCAGAUGGGACUAUUACUGGUGGAGAUGGUGGCGGGACAAGAGAGAACAACUUUACUAG